AUGGCUGUCCACUGGAUGCUUUUAUGCUUCGUAUCGGUUAUGUUGUCAUUGUGUGUAAGCUGUAACUUCACAGAUGAAGGAAGCCGCUUGAGACACAUGUGGCAGCUGUCAAUGAGGGACGCGAAGAUAAGAGACAAAGCAGCUGUAGACGAGUCUAAUCCAGCUCGACAUCAGCUCUUGUAUUGCCGUGUUGGGAUUGGUUUCCACCUACAGAUUGUGAUGAAUGGCAGUGUGUGGGGCGUUCACGAGCCUUCUGAGUACAGCUUGCUGAGGGUGUUUGCUGUCAGGCCGGGCAUAGUGGGUAUCUGUGGUGUGAAGAGUGAGCGAUAUUUGUGCAUGAAUCAGGAGGGAAUCGCACAUGGAAGGAAGUUGUUCUCAAAUGAAUGCCUGUUUAAAGAGCACAUGGAGGAAAACCAUUACAACACAUACUCCUCCCUAAGCGCUGGCCUUUUCCUGGCUUUGUCCCGUAAAGGGCAGCUGAAGAGAGGCAGGAGGGCGAGCCGCCACCGGACAUGCACACAUUUCCUUCCUCGCCAGCCUGUAUCUCAUUGAAU